AUGAGUGCCGCGGCGGUGGCGGCGUUUGGCGGGAAGCUGCUGGAGGAGCCGCGGCGGCGGGGAAUCGAGAUCGGCGGGUGGCUCAUCGAGUGCCGCCACGAACCGAUUCUCACCGCUGAAGAGACGGAAGCGUGGCAAAAGGCCCUUCCCUCGCAGUGGCUUCCGGAGAUGGUGUUUGGGAAGAGCUGCCUGCGCGCGGAACACCUUGCCACGGGCGUGGGCGUGCAGUUGGGGGCGCUGGAGGCGCUGAGGGGGUGGAAGGAAGCACGGCUGCCGCCUGUGAAAGUGCCUGCUGCUGCCGCGUGGGGGAAGAGAAGCUGCCCAUCAACUGAUCUCAUACUUGAUUAUGACUACACCUUCACCACGCCCUACUGCGGCUCCAUUCUCACGAGUAGCACUGCCAGUGCUUCCCUUUCCCCUGUCACCACACCCCUCGCAUCACGUGCUGCUGACAUCAGCAUCAGCAACGCCGACAGAACCGGGAGCAGCAACAGCAGCGAAGGUCUGGUAGCUGGAGUAGGAGGAGAGGGGGAAGACGGGAAAGGGGCGAGAGUGAGCGCAGAGGGAGCAGAGGGGAUGAGGGAGGGAGAGAUGGAGGGAGCAGGGGCGGCAGCAGGGGCAGCUGCAGGGGUGGAUGUGCUUUAUGAGGACGACUUGGCCGACAGUGGCAUUAAACUCGACCUCUGGCCACUCCUUCCCCUCCUCCGCACCUCUCCUAACCGCUCUCUAUGUCUCCCUCCGGCCAACCUCCCCCCAUCCAACUCCCAUCCCACCCCACCAGAUGCUGUUGUAUAA